AAUUUGAAACAGAAACCUAAAGGCUUGUCUUGGCCCACCGCUAUAAAUUUGUUUAUUUAUAUUCUCCAUCUGGUUAACACUGCAUGUUCAAGGGACCAAACUCAUUAUUUAUUGAUGCAUUCUAUUCAAAUAAAUUACUAUAUUAUUUUGCGUGCGGUAAUGAUACACUUCCCGGAAGUACCCUUUCAAACUGAACUUUCACCUUUAACCUUCCUUUCAUUUUCUGCUGUUUUUGUCCAUGGCGGGAUUCUUGUUUUGCUAAAUUUGCUGACGACAGAGAGAUCAGAUUGACUUUAAUCUAUAGAUCAAGGCCUCCUCUCAUCUUUGAAAAAUCCCAUUCGUUUUCCUUGCAUUGAAUGGGUGGCAGAUGGCUUGUUGACACAGUCUGAUUUGUCAGCAUUCUUUUCACGUCCGUUCUUUUCAUCGGUAUUUAAUCUUAUCGGAUAGAAUAGGCCUGCUGGACUAAAACUAAACUAAGAGAUCAACAAUCUGCGUGCGUUCUUCUCCCGUUUGAGAAACGGUGUGGCAUGCCUACUCACGAUGUCUGUGGGGUUCCAGUGAACUUUCCUUUCGAGCCUUAUGAAUGCCAAGUGGACUACAUGACAAAAGUUGUCACUUGCCUUCAAAAGAGUCAAAAUGGAGCCCUUGAAAGUCCUACUGGUACUGGGAAAACUUUGUCUCUUUUAUGUGCCUCUCUGGCCUGGCAAGAAAGUCGGAAAGCUCAGGUUGAGUUGAACAAACAGGCGGGUAUUGCCGCUGCUCUCUCUUCGUCAACACUUGGUGCUGGGGAUGCAGUCUUGGAUAAGUUGAAUGGAAGCCUUCAGACAGCAGCUGGUUCAUCAUGGGGCUCUGAUGAGUUCUUUGUUCCGAGAAUCAUUUAUGCUUCGAGAACCCAUUCUCAACUUUCUCAGGCAGUCCAGGAAUUGAAAAAGACAACAUAUAAUCAUGUAAAGACUUCUGUGAUUGGAUCAAGAGAGCAGUUGUGUAUUCAUCCACAAGUUCAGAAAGCCACAAGCAAUGCUGGGAAGGUCCAAAUGUGCCGCCUGAAGGUUGCCUCAAGACAGUGCCAUUAUUACAACAAUAUUGAUGAAUUCAAGAAGAAAAGUGACCUGAGAAAGAUGAUGGGGUCAGUUGUGGACAUUGAGGACAUUGUUAAAGUGGGACACAAAAGCAAAACCUGUCCCUAUUACAUGGCUCGUGAGUUAAAGUCGGACUCUGAUAUUGUUUUCAUGCCAUACAACUAUUUAUUGGAUGCUAAGUCGAGGAAAGCCCAUGGAGUGGAGCUGCAAGGUAGUGUCAUCAUCUUUGAUGAAGCCCACAAUCUGGAAAAGAUCUGUGAAGAAUCUGCAUCGUUUGACUUGAGUUCUAUGGACUUAGCCACAGCUAUAGAAGAAACAACAAAACUGGCAGAGAAAGUGGCUGAAAUGUGCUCUGUAGAGUCGAUGCUCCCUGAGUCGGAAGACUCAGCUGUUAUUCCUGAGUUCAACUUGGAGGAUGUUGUCCGCUUGAAAAAAACUUUACUUGAGAUAGAGGAAAAACUGGAAGAGAUUGACAUCCCGUCAGCUGACAAGGGCAAAACUUUGAAUGGCACGUUCAUUUUUGAACUUCUGUCACAAGUGAACAUCAACUGGUCAACAAAAAAUGUUCUUCUGGAUGUGCUGGACAAGAUGACAAAUUUUCUAGGGAAUGAUGACGGAAGUUCCAUCUUGAAUACUAAAGGUGCUGGUCUCUCAAAAGUGGCGGAUUGCCUGAAGAUUGUCUUCAGCCAAGAACCACGGGAUUCCAUGGCCCUGUCCACUCAUGAGAAAUUCCUAGCACAGCAUUUCAAGGUUCACAUUCAGCAGAAAGACCCAAACAAUCAGUUCAAGAAAAAUAUGGACUCAUGGUCUCAUGCAGGGAACUCAAAUAAGAAAGCUGAACGCAUCUUGAGCUACUGGUGUUUCAGUCCUGGUCACACCAUGAAGGAUCUACUCGCACACGGGGUCAAGGUCAUUAUUCUCACCAGUGGCACUCUCUCGCCACUGGAUUCGUUCGCAAUGGAAAUGCAAAUACCCUUCCCUGUGCGGCUUGAAAACCCUCAUGUGAUAGAAAAAGACCAGGUGUGGCUAGGGACAGUGUGUAAAGGACCAGAUGGGGUCACCCUCAACUCAGAGUACAAGAACAGAAACAAUGAAGAUUAUCAGAAUUCCCUUGGAUACUCCAUCAGAAAUUUUGCCAGAAUCGUUCCAAAUGGUUUGCUUGUGUUUUUUCCAUCAUACCCAGUCAUGGAACGCUGCAUAGAAAAAUGGAAGGCGUCCAAUUUAUGGAAUGUCAUCACACAGUAUAAGCCCAUUCUUGUGGAGCCGAAAGGAAAAGCUGCAUUCAACGAGGCAAUGAUUGAAUUUUAUGACAAAGUUCAUGACCCUGCCCUCAGUGGUGCCAUCUUCAUGGCUGUAUGCAGAGGAAAGGUCAGUGAAGGACUAGACUUUGCUGACAACAACGGGCGGGCUGUGUUGAUCACUGGUCUACCUUUUCCUCCCAUAUUUGACCCAAGGGUGCGGCUCAAGAUGGAUUUUCUCAGGGAGAACAAGAAAUAUUUCAAGGGUCUGGACGGCAACGCAUGGUACAAACAACAGGCAACAAGAGCAGUGAACCAAGCCAUCGGUCGUGUCAUUCGCCACAAAAAAGACUAUGGGGCUAUCAUACUCUGCGAUACCAGGUUUUCUUCUGAAAGCAGCAAGAAUUCCUUACCAAAGUGGGUCCGAGGCCAUGCCCAAGUCUAUACAAACUUUGGCCCAGCUCUCCGAGAUGUGAUCAAGUUCUUUAAAGAUGCAGAGAAGGCUUAUCCGUUGCUUGUUGGGGUGGCUGGAUCUCAUCCUGGCAGAAGGUCACAUAUGGGUCACGAUGAGGAAGGCGGGGUCAUCAGCGGUGCAUGCUUUGAGCCGAGCUUCUCUCGCAGGUCAAACGGCAAAGGUCAUCUGUCAGUGGAGUACGAGCCUGCCAGUAGCGUUGCCUGUCAUAUACCUGGCCUGAAGUCUUCUGAUGAAGAUGGCAGUCUCCGCACCCUCAACCAUUAUUCUCAAAGAGCUAAACCUGAGGUGAAAAUAGGAAAGAAGAGAUCACUUCUGGAGGCUUUGGAAAGUAUGGAGCCUCAGGUUCAAUCCGAGUCUUCGUCCAGGGAACCUUUGCCCACAUCACAGAUUCCGUCCUAUCAGCCACCAAAGAAAAAGUUGCCUGGGAAGCAAAAGAAAAUCAGAAUCAAAGACAUGAAGCCCAAAGUCCUUGUUACAAUGGCAGGGGAGAAUAGCAACCAGCCGACACUCCAGCAAAUGAAAAGGAAAAUGUCUUUGGAGUCGUCUCAGAACUAUUUAGUAGAGGUAAAGGCUGCCACAACCACUGAAGCAUACAAACGUUUUUCUGAUGCUUUAGUGAAGUACAAGACCAAUCACCAAAUUAUGGAUGUCCUCCCGGUGCUGGCUGAUGUUUUCACCAGCUCAGAACAGAACUAUCACCUCUUCCAAAAGUUCUUCCGUUUUGUCCGAAGUGAAGAUAAGCCACAUUAUGCCAAAGUCUGCCUGGAUCUGACUGGACUGGUUUGUGAGCAGAGCAGCCGAACUACAUCUGCCACCAAUCAAGACCUUCGUGCAACAACUUCAACCAAUCAGGGAUCAAGCAGCAGACUGACUCAAGAGAAUGGGGAAAAGACCAAAGAAGCCAACAAGGAAUCUUGUCAGGACACACCGAAAAAUGCCUCAGGUUCAGAAGCAGACUUUUCCACUUGUCGGAUAUGUCACAAGAAGCCCGAACAAGGACUGAGGCAUGAGUGUGGAGCUGUGUGCUGCUUUAUGUGCUGGAAAACAGCUGUGUUUGAUGGCCCGGAAGACCGCAGAUGCCCAUACCCUCCUUGCACAGGGCGGGUGAAGAGGAAACAUUUACAGAUUGUAGCCGCAGACCAGGGUGUGUCAUGAUCCUCACUGAAGUGGAACGUCAAGAGCUUUUGUUUUCAAGGAUGAAUACAUAUUAAUUCACUGAACGGUACCCCUAUAACAUUUGUUUUCUUCAUACACUGACAGUAUCCAAACCCUGACGAACCAGUGCUGGUUUUUGGGGAAUAGAUUGGGAAGCCAAACAAUUUUUUUAUAUGACUAUCUAAAAAUCUAAACGUGUCUGUCUUUAGCAGUCAAUUCAUGAAAUGUUGUUAGUUGAUCCUGUCUGGAGGAAUUCCAACAAACGUCCUAGAUCAGUUGUUGGCUCAUGAGUAUCAGUGUUUAGUGUUUUGAAAAGGAUGGCAACUACUGAUUCAGACAUAGAACAUAAGUCAACUGAUAGAAAUAGUAUUGAAAACGUUUGCACUUGUCUUGUCUUUGUUACUUUUUAAAACAUUACUUAUUUAUGAAGUGUCUGUGUAGCUUUAUUACCCUUUUCUUUGGACCCUGAAGUCUGUCAUCUCUGUGCUUGUAUGCCAUUAUGUCAUUCGCCAAGCUCAGGACACGUCCAGAUUCCUUCUGAUACAUCGUUACCUGUGCAGUGUACACAUUGAAAAGCCUUGGAGAGAGGGGGAUCCUUGGGGCAGUCCUGGAGCAAUUGAUACCGGAUCUGAAGUCCAUUCACCCUGUCUCAGAGCCAUUUUUCUCUCCACUAGGGCUACUGCUACCCAUCUCACCUGCCAUAUGUCCACAUCAAAUCCAGGAGGCGGUCGAUCAAACGUUCAUAGUUGACUCGGUUGUUAGCAUCCUCAAGGUCAAGUGCCGUCACAACUGUUUCCUUCCGCUGCUGAAAGCCUUCUUAGAUGUCGUACGCCAUGACAGCUGCAUUCACUGCACUUUCUCGAUGGGGUCUAAAGCUUCAAAGCUCAUUUGUCAACAAGGACUUCUCUAAGUGUGCUGAUAUUGUCCGGCAACUAUCUUUUCCAGAAUUUUCCCAUAGGUAUUCUGCAUAGCUAUGAUCCUGUAACCACUGAGAGCUGUGCAGUCUUUUCCUGGUUUGGGGAUUCGUAUCAACCAGCUGUACAACCUUUCUUCAGGGAUUUUACCAGUGCCAAUGCUCAUAUUGAAGUCUUUUGAACUUUUGUCAUUUCUUCAAUCAUCUCAUCGUCUGCUUCUUUCAUGUGGCAAUAUCUUACACCAUCGGGCCCUCCAGCACUGUCUUUGGCAUGUUUUACUGUUCUGGAAACCUUUUCUUCAGAUGUUUUGCAUUAAUGUAACUGUAGCCUACCUUCUUUUCUUUUGUCAAGAUAAAAACCAAUUGAUCAUUCUGUGUAUGUGUCAUGCAUAUAAUUCGAACUUUUGGUUAUUUGUUUGUUGAAAUAAAACUCGGCCUUAUGCAAAGAAAACAAAAACAAAACUGUGACAAAGCUGUACCUGUACCCGUGGGCGUGGGCGCAGUUACACACAAUUUGCAACCGACCACCCCAUGACCCUGCGUCGUCGAGCAGCGCAACGAAGGGUGGGGGCGGAGAGGAUGGCGGGGUAACAAAAGUGGGACUCACGAAGUGGCAUUGAUAUGAUACUGUUCUGUUUUAGGCAUACAACGAGCCCGAGGCUUAGUGUUCCUCGAGCGCUCGCUGGCUCGCGAUUCUUUGAAGCCGACUGAAUGGCGAAUCGCCUCUCUCAGAUUUGGCGAGCAAGAUCCAGCUCUACCAUAUAAAAGUCUGAUUCAUGUGUUAAUAUCACAUUUGGGGGCGUGUCAAAAGAAAUAGAAAUAAUUUUUUCACAAAGUUGCAUGGCUGUAUGAUAAGUUCUAUUUUUUUCAUUUUUGCAAAACAGCUAAUCGUAAUUGAUAAAGGCAGCAGCAGUGUUUUAAAGUGCUCUUUAUGAAAACAUUGAAGUUUUUCCCCCUUUGCAUGUUACUAGGGGUAUGAAGCUUACUGUGAAGAAUGGGUCAAUGACAUCAGCUGUUAUAAUAUAAUUCUUUCUUGUUCUAAUGUUCUUCUAAUCAAGCCUGCCAUGCUGUAUGUGAAAGUGGUGCUGAUGGGUCCAGGAUAAACAACUCGCACCAGGUUCAUUGAAUCCACAAAUCUCAGUCUUGAUUUAUGAUUGCUAUGACAAGUCUACCGUAAUGAGUUUGCCUCACAGAAAGGUGAUGGUAACUCAUGAUGAAGUUUCUUUGUCCUAUAUUUAGGAAUACUCUCCAGUGUGUAAGGCAAAUGAAGUUUUUCAGUAACUUAUUGUACAUUAGAUUUUUUCUUGUAUUUAAUUCUCGCUGAAUGCGAAGAAGCCUGUGAUAUUCAUUGACAUGCUUAAGUUGUUCCAUAAUAACACUUUGACAGUGUAAAACAGUCCCUCUCUGGGAUCAUUUUUCUGGGAACUGGGGAUGGUGACAGGUCAUGGGGUUUGCCAUUUUUAUCAUGUAUUGUCUUGGGCACCGGAGGAUGAGAGGACUGAUGAAAGUUAGUGAGCUGGGUGUGUAUUUAUGUUUGAUAGAGAGGGUUUCUUCUGUAAAAUUAAAAACCUUUUUGAAUUCAAAGAUCAUCUAAUUG